AAUUUGUAUACAUAUUAAUUUAUUUUAUAUAUAAAUAGUAUAACAUAAUAUUUUAAUAACUUUUUUAUUUUUUUAUUUUAUUUUUAUUUUUUUUUUCAAAUUAAAUAUUAAUAUUAAUAUUUUCUAAAUUUUUUUAUAAUAGAAAUUAAUUAUUAAAAUCAAAUCAGUUUUUAAUUUAGUAGUAGUAGUAUCAGCUAACUUUAGAGAAAAAUAAAAGAGAAAAUAAUAACAAUAGUGCAACAGUUUCAGAAUUCUUUUUUUUAUUUUUUUUUUAGUUCUUUAUUUAUAUUUUUAUUUUUUAUUCAGUUUAUUAUCAUAAUUUUUUUUUUUGUCCGCUAUAAAAAACAAUGAAUAAUAACAAUACAAAUGAAAAUAUCUUUAAUAUUCCAAUUGAUGUAAAUAGUACAAAUAAUAACUCAGUAAAUAAUAAUAAUAAUAAUAAUAACCUUGUUGAAGGUAAUAAUAAUAACUCUGUAAAUAUAAAUCAAACUGUAAAUAAUAACACAAAUAAUAACAUGAUUGCCAACAAUAAUAAUAAUAACAAUCCAAUAGUUGUUGAAGAUUUAAUUAUUCCACCACCAACAACUACAACCACAACAACAACUACAACAACAACCACAACCACACAAACAACAACAUCAUCGACAACUAAUAUUAUAAAUAUCAGUGGUAAUAAUGCAGUUGGUACACCAAGUGGCAAUAGUAAUAAUGCAUAUAUAGGAAGUGGUAGUGGAAGUGGCAGUAAUAGUAAUGGGAAUGGAUCAAGUGGCAGCAGUAGUAGCAUAACUGGCAGUGGUGGUACAAGCAGUGGCAGUGGUGGAAGUGGCAGUGGUAUAAAACAAAACUCACAAAAGGUACAGUUAGAAAAUACACCAACAAGAGGAGUUUGGAUAGUGGAGAUACCAAAUUUUUCAUCAUAUAAAGAAAGUUUUUAUACACCAAUUUUUAAUUUAUGUGAAUCGAAUUGGAGAUUAUUAAUAUUCCCAGAGGGAAACAACAGCCCAGGAAAUAUCUCAAUAUUUUUAGACUAUUACGAUAUUGGCAUUAACCCCAUGUUUCAAAAGGAGGCAACUCUAACUCUAACUCUUAUAAAUCAGUAUGAUGAUUUAAAAAACGUUAAAAAAACAUCAAAUCAUAUUUUUUCAUUUAAAGGUGUAAAUUGGGGAUUCAUUAGUUUUUUAAAUUUACAAAUUUUAUUAAAUCCAAAUAAUGGCUAUUUAGUUAACGAUAGAUUAAAGAUUAAAGUAGAAAUUCAUUCACCAAAAACCAUCGAUUUAUCAGAUCCAAACGAUGUCAAACCUUAUGGAAAGUUCUCAUAUCACUUAACAAACUUUUCACACCAUUUUGAAAACUUUUAUUCACCAACUUAUUAUGUUUGUGGUUCAAAUUGGAGAAUAUAUAUAUUUCCAAACGGUUAUUCAUCACCAAAUUAUUUUUCAGUUUAUUUAGAUUUAUUAGAUGUUAAAUUCAAACCGUUAAUGGUUAAACAUUUAUUUUUUGCCAUUGAAAUUAUAAAUCAAAAGAAUCCAGAAAAGAAUUUAAAGAAAUGGGUAGACCACAUUUAUGAUGAUAAGAAUAUGAAUUUUGGGUUUCCCAAAUUUGUAUUGUUAACCACAUUAUUAAAUCCAGAGUUAGGUUAUAUAGUUGACGAUACCAUCAUCAUUAAUAUCGAGUUUACAGUAAUGUCCACAAAUUUCCUUGAACCAUCACCAAAUUUCGAAAUCUCAACAAAUUUAGGUCAACCAGAUUGCGGUAAAUUCCCCUUCAAAGCUAAAAAACAAGCAAAUAUUGAUUUAAUUUUCUCACCCACAUUUGAAAUUGCCGGAUGUCUAUGGCAAUUAGUUAGUUAUCCACUUGAAAAUUUAACAGAGUACUUUUCAAUUUAUUUAGAUCUUGUGGACAUUAAAACCAAACCACUUUUAAGAAAACAUAUUUCAUUUGCCAUAGAAAUUGUAAAUCAAGAUAAUCCAAAAAAGAAUUUUAAGAAAUAUAUCAGUAAUAUAUAUUCAUACAAUUCAUUUAGCUGGUUAUUCCAAAAGUUUAUGAGAAUCUCGACAUUAUUUAAACCAGAAAACGGAUUUUUAAAAGAUGGCGUAAUUAUUAUCAAUGUUGAAUUAAUUGUUAUAGCAUCAGACUUUUUAAGACCAAUUCCAUUUAAUAAUAAUUCACUACCAUAUUUCAAUUACCAAGCCAAUCCAUUAGCAUUGCCUUCAUCAUCACCAUCAUCAGCCUCAUCAACAACAGAAUCCAAUCAACUCUAUUUGGCACCACCACAAAAAAGAUUCUUAAAGAAUAUUAUUAACAAUGGUACAAUAGGUGAUAGUGAAAAAUCAAUGAAAACUGAAAAGAAACAAAGACAGGACCCAUCAUCAUCCACAUUAUUACAAGAUACACCAGAUGAAGCAAAUAAUUACGGAGCUGACUCUAUGGACAUUGAUAACAAAGAACCAAAUAUAUCAAACCAAUUAGAAGAAGUUUCUGGUUCAUUCUUUUAUAACAUUGAAAAGUUUUCAACAUUAGAUAAAAACUUUUACUCUCCAGUUUUCAAACUUUAUAACACUGAUUGGAGAUUUUACAUUUUCCCAAGAGGUAACAGCGCUUCUGGUUUCUUUUCACUUUAUUUAGAUUACGUAGAUCCAAAAACCAAACCAAAGAUUAGACAGUAUAUCUGCUUUAUUUUAGAAGUUGUUAAUAAAGAUAAUAAAAAAUCAGAAAAGAAAUACUCAUUCCAUACUUUUUGUUAUAGCAGUGUUAAUUGGGGUUUUAAGAAAUUUUUACCAUUAGAAACCAUAAAAAGAGAAGACUAUGGGUUUUUGGACAAUGACACAUUGACAGUAAGAGUUACAAUUUACUUUUUAUCUCAAAAUAUUUUAGAUACCAAUCAUUUACUAUCAUAUUCAAAUGAAACAUCAAAACAUAUUCAAUUAUACAGCAAGAAAGAUAAAUCUGAUUUGGUAGAUGAAAAUUCAGGUGCAGAUAAAUUAAAAAAGAUGAAGGCUGAUGAAGAAAACUUUUAUUAUCACACAAUCAAACUAACAUUAGAUCAUGAUUUUGAAAAGAGUCAAAGCUUUGAUUUAAUCGAUUUCACCAAACAUAAUCCAAUCAAAAUUAGAAAACUUUCAACACUUUUAGAAUUAAAGUUACAAAUUCAAAUGAUUUAUGGUGUAUCUUUUGAAAGACAAAGAAUUUGGUUCUGGGAUCCAACUCCAACCAAAGUUAGCAGAGUCACAAGAACUCCACUAUUAUUAGAUGAUGAAGAUAUAUUUUCUCAAUAUUUAAAUAUGCAUGGUCAAUCAACAGAAAUGAGAUUCCAUUUAGAAGUUUCAAAUUUACCACAUCCAAAUGAAAAAAAUUUAUUCUUUGACCCAAUUAAUAACGAUUUAAUAUUGGUUUUCUUUAAAUACUAUGACCCAUACAAGAAGCAAUUAGAAUUUAUAACCACCAAAAUAUGUCACUCUCAAUCACCAAUUUCAUGUUUAAUUCCAUUCUUAAAUCAAAAAUUAGGUAGUGCACCAAACUCUCCAUUGUUGUUAUUUGGUGAAGAUUCUUUAAAUGUCAUUUAUUGUUUAGAUCCACAUAGAAGUCUUAAAUACUAUGAAAUUGUUAAUGGUUCAAUGAUCAUCUGUCAACGUUCUUUAUCUAUUCGCGAAAAUGUACAAUUCCCAUACCUUACAGAUUACUUCAACUUCACUUAUAACAAGGUGGUCAUCGCAUUCCAAAUCAUCAACUACAAGAAUAUUAACUCUCAAUCAGACUUAAUAUUCAGAAUGGAGGUUUUGAAAGGUAUGAAGUUUAAAGAGAUUGUUAAAAGAAUCUCCGAAAUCAUUCAAACUUUCCCUCAAAAUAUUAAUUUAUAUUCAUUAUCAAAUGGUGACUCUUCAAGAACUGAUGUCAAACAAAUUAAUCCUCUCUCAUUAGGUGAAAAAGCUGUUUACGAUACUUUAUUAUCACAACAAAGAAAGGUUGAUUUAGUUUUAGUUGAAGUUAAAGAAACCAUCUUACCAAUUCACUUUUUAUCUUCAUUGGAUAAAACCAAAGUUUUCACCCUUUAACUUUUUCUUUUUCAAUAUUUCCAAAUAAUUAAAUUAAAUAAUAAUAAAUAAUAAAUAAAUAAACAAACAAUAAAUUAUAAUCAAUAAUUAUAAAUAAUAAUAAUAAUAAUAAUAAUAAUAAUAUUAAUAAUAAUGAAGUCAAUACCCAAUCUAAAAAUAUUAAAACUCUUAAUAUUUUUUAUUUUAUUUUAUUUUAUUUUUUAAUUAAAAUUAAAAUUAAAAUUUAAUCACCACAAUCAAUCUUAAAUAUAAAUUAAAUUUUUAAAAAAUUGGAAUUCAUAUCCUCCCCACCAAUCUAAUCAAAUAAAAAACCAAACAAAUAAAAGUGUAUAUAUUUUUUU